AAAACGCAGAGAGCCAGCAACUUAAGCUUUCUCGGCAAUUCAAAGCUCCGACUACAACUCCAGCAGCCAACACCAUGCGAUUCGCCGCGGCGGUUAUCGGAACGGCGUCGUUGCUCGUCUUUGGAGCUCUGGUGGUGGUGGUGCUGUGGAGCUCGCCUGGGUUUCUGAAAGGCGGUUAUGGUUUGAUCAUGGAAUCGGAAGCGCACGACAGUGUUGCUGCUACUCACCGGAAGCUUCUCGUCCGGGGGGAGGAAAAUGUGGAGCAGCCGGAUCGUAUUUGGGGGGAGAAGUGUAGCCGGUCGGACAUAGUCAUCGACCAGGGCCCCACGGCACCGCUGCCGAGCGGCAUUCCGACUUACACGGUGGAGAUCAUGAAUGUGUGUGUCACGGGGUGUAACAUUAGCCGGAUUCACCUCACCUGCGGUUGGUUCAGCUCCGCCACGCUGGUGAACCCGAGAGUGUUCAAGCGGCUUCGAUACAAUGACUGCCUUGUGAACGACGGCAAGCCUCUGGUCAAUGGCGGUACAAUCUCUUUCGAGUAUGCCAACACCUUCCUCUACCCGCUCAAGGUUUCUCAUGUCUCCUGCUACUGAUCAGUUCAAGUCCAUCCUUUGACCAACAGCAAUAUUCACCUUAGGAAAAUUUAGAAUUGACACAAAAAAAAGAAUGAAAACCCCAAAGCAGGAUUUGGUACUUUCUAGCUGUUCUUCGCAACACCCAAUAGGCCUUUCGUUUUUGUGGUUCUGCUUUUGCUUUAUGUAUCUAUUGAGAGUUAUAGCAUUUCUGGCUAGAGUUUUGGAGGGGAAGGUUCCAAGCUUGCUGAAGAUCAAAGCUUCUUAAUAUUUUGGGCCUGCUUGUAUAUAGUUAGUUAUAUACUAUAUAGUAUAGGUUGGUUUAGUACUCGUUCUCAUUACUGUAUGUGGGAGAUGCAGGAUUGAAAGCUCUUGAGAAAAUGUUUCCUUUUGUUAUCAUGGUUCUGAAGAAAAUGUGGCAAAGAGAUUUUAGUAGUGGCAGAGAUUUAUCUGCUCGUCUUUCGUUGGUUUUGAUGUGA